CCGUCAAAGAACGGCUGCAUUGUAGGAGGCCGACACUGCAUUCAAUGUUGGUACAUGUAGCUACAGUAGAUGUCCUCAGUGCUAAAUUAGUGACCUAGAUUUUCUCUAGAGAUGUGGUUAAAUGUUACGGGCGGGUGUAUAGAAAGCUCCCCCUUCUCCAUGUCAAAAACAGACGACAAGCCCUGGAGCUAACUCGCGGUUAACGGGGGCGUUCAGCCUACAGCAAAACUUCUGCAAGGACUUUGUUCAGACUUUUAAUUCACGCUAAAAAUCGCUAAAAUGGAGACUCACGAAGGGGCAGCGGCGACGGGCGACAGCGUGAUUGACUUUUCGCGUUUGAGUCUGAACACUUUUAGCGUUGACAGUAUCAGCGACGAGAGGAAAAGGGACACGAAACAGCUCUACCUGAACUACAACCGGCUCGCCUCGCUGCCCUCGUCGGUCAGCCUUUUCUGCAACCUCGAGUUUUUGGACAUCAGCAACAACGGACUGACGGCCAUCUGCGAGGGCAUUACUCGACUGACCAAGCUGAAAACACUCAUAGCCAAGAAUAACCGCCUGGACGAGUUCUCGCUGCCCAAAGAGUUCGGCUCUCUGCAGCUGGAGGUGUUGAACUUUAGUGGGAACCGGUUUGAGGAGAUCCCGCUCCAGUGCACCAAGCUGCUGCGCCUGCAGUCGCUUUCACUUGGCGGAAACAGACUGAAAAGUAUACCUGCAGAGAUAGAAAAUCUAACCAGUCUGGAGCUGUUGUAUCUGGGUGGAAACCUCAUCACAGCCAUUCCCCCAGAAGUGGCUAACCUGCCCUACCUCAGCUACCUGGUCCUGUGUGACAAUCGCAUCCAAAGUGUCCCCCCACAGCUCACCAGGCUCCAUUCGCUGCGAUCUUUAAGUCUCCACAACAACUUGCUGACUUACCUGCCGCGGGAGAUCCUCUGCCUGGUGCACCUGCACGAGCUCAGCCUCCGUGGCAACCCCUUGGUGGUACGCUUUGUCAAGGAGAUGACCUACGACCCCCCGUCACUGUUAGAGCUGGCAGGCCGAACAAUCAAGAGCCGAAAUAUUCCCUACUACCCCUGCGACCUGCCGUUGAACCUGCUGCGCUACCUCGACCUGGCCAGCAAGUGUCCCAACCCCAAGUGUGCUGGCGUCUACUUUGAUUCAUGUGUACGCCAGAUCAAAUUUGUGGACUUCUGUGGAAAGUACCGGCUGCCCCUCAUGCACUACCUGUGCUCCCCAGAAUGCACCUCUCCCUGCAGCUCCAACCCCCAGAGCGACGCGGACUCGGAGGAUGAGAACAGUGUGCCUGCUUACCGCCUGCAGAGAGUGCUUCUGGGAUAGUAACAACAUGGAGGAGCCUCUCAGCCUCCUGACAAUCCCAGCCUCAUCAGUCUGUCACCAUGUUCAAGAUUUAUACAGAGAAGAACUUUGCUGUCAGACUUUACACAUAAACAGACAUACGCACACUCAGUAAUGCUGGUUUACAGUCCGCCCGUGUGGCUGUAUGCAGACAGACUCCCUCCUGUGGUCCUGAAAACAUGUUAACUCCACUUUAGAAAGGAAUCUGUUGCCUCUCGCACCACACAUCUCUCUCCAUAAGACAAGUAAAGUCAGCCUCAUAUUUCCCAUAUAACAGCGCACAUCCAGUCCAUGAGUCAUGACUCUAUCAAAGUGUUUUUCUCAUGUUCGACCACAGGAGGGCAGUCAAACUCAGUGAAGACUGAAGGAGCGGCAGGGUACUCUUAUUCAGGGCAAUGUACUUUAUCUUUCAUGCAACACAAGGUGCUUUUUAGUAGCAGCAGCCAAUUAUUCUGAAUUUCUCAAAGUUUGGAUAUGAAUAAUGUGUUUUUUAUCCAGCUACUGGUGACCAACACCCUGCUUUCAUUUAUAUUUCUCUUACAAGGUGAGCCUCAAAGCUGCUUUUCCAACUAGGAAAACAAUCCUAGUAAAUAUACAGUAUGUCACCAGAAACUAUGACGUUAGUUUUACACCACAGUGUUCUAAAUCCAUUGAGUACGAUGUACGAGAUAGCCCUUUUGACACUGUGUGUGGUCCUGCUGGGCAAAGGUUUCGUGCACUUAAGCUGCCGCACGCUCUUAAAAGAUCGAGGUUUAUCUGUUUUUGGUCAUUGCACACCAGCCUUGACCCUUUUUUUUGUCAUGGUGACAAAUUAAUCCAAAAUAUGGGUUAUGUGUGAGGUGGAAGAAAGCUUGCACAGGCUUAGUCACAGGAAGUGGAUGCAGGGUGGACCAGGGAAAACCAUUUAUUGUGUUAGUGCAGGAACAAUAGCUAUUCAGCAAACACUGGCAGCCUUCUCUCUGGGUGUAAUAAUACAGAUGGGUGUGAAUGGAGCCCACAGUCAGAUAUGUUAUUUCUCAAUUCUUUUAGAGACAGAAACUUUAAUUUCUAACAGUAAAUGGUUGUUCGUAUUCCUGGUUACAUCUCUGCUCCAUCUUCCUACUUGUGUGGAGAGCUGGGAGAUUUUACAGCCUGAGCCAGAAAGAAGAACUCCCCCCCAGCUUCACAUUAGACCUUAAUGUCUAGAAAACGCUCCUCUAUGUUACAGUAACGCCUACACUAGAGCAUUUAAGUGCCUUACUAAUAGUGACUUCUAACACAGUAUAAAGAAAUGUGAUAUGUGCACCCUGAAAUGUGACAAGAUUAACAUUAAGAAUUACAAAGUCAUUUUUUGUGAUUUUUGUACUCAUCAGCUUAACAACCCUAAAGAGAAAUAUAACCUUUUUUUUUAACAAGAUGAAAAGCUUUUAUAGAAAUCCUUUUUUAAAUUUGAAA